CAUCGCCGGAAGGUCCGAAAUGUCGCCCUCUCAAGCCGGCAGUAUGGCUAAAAUGAUUGUAAUGGUUUCAUCGUCGACUAAAAUCCAAUGCUCUCUCUCGUCAGGCUAACUCGUUUCAGGGACCAACGGAAGUUUGAAGCUGGUUGCUCUCGGUUUCAUUCAUCUCCAGAUAUAUAUACCAAACUCAUCGAGACAUACGCUCACCGUCGAUCGCUACUGAGAGGGAAACUACUCCACGCCCACCUGAUAACUAAUGGGUUGGCCCGUCGUACGCAUUUUGCAGCGAAGCUCGUGUCUUUCUACACAGAAUGUAAGCGGUUGUCCAGCGCGCGCCAAGUGUUCGACAAAAUUCCCCACUCGGACAUUCGGCGGUGGAUCGUCAUUGUGGGGGCGUAUUCUCGAUGUGGGUUUUACCAGGAAGCUUUGGAUGUCUUCUUUGAAAUGAGGAAAGAGGGAUUACUCCCAAACCAGUUCGUUAUUCCAAGUGCUCUGAAGGCUUGCGGGCAUGUGUUUGAUGUACAUACUGGGAAGAUUUUGCAUAGCCUAAGUUUGAAACGUUGUUUUGUAUCAGAUUCGUUUGUGGUGAGUGCAUUGAUUGAUAUGUACUCCAAAUGCGGUGAAGUUGACAACGCAACGAAAGUUUUCGAUACAAUAUGGGAGAAAGACUUGGUAGCUCUGAAUGCCCUGGUUUCAGGCUACGCUCAUCAUGGUCUUGCAGAAGAAGCAUUUAGUUUGGUAGAGCGAAUGCAACUAGUGGGGCUUAAACCAAAUAUCAUAACUUGGAACACAUUGAUUGCUGGGUUUGCCCAGAAGGGUGACGAAGUUAUUGCUUCAGAACUUCUUCAACUAAUGGCUGACAACGGCAUAGAACCUGAUGUGGUUUCUUGGACGACAGUUAUAUCAGGGCUAGUGCAGAACUUUCGAAAUGACGCAGCUUUUAGCACAUUCAAACGGAUGUUGAGCCAUGGCUUCUUGCCCAGGCCUGCCACAAUCAGCAGUCUCUUGCCAGCUUGUGCCAGUGUGGCAAACGCCAGGCAUGGGAGGGAGCUUCACGGCCAUGCUGUGGUGAUAGGAGUUGAUGAUGAUAUAUACGUGAGGAGUGCUCUGAUUGACAUGUAUGCCAAGUCUGGUUUUCUCCACCAAGCGAGAUUGCUGUUCCACAAAAUGUCGGAGAAGAACACGGCUACCUGGAAUUCAAUGAUCUUCGGAUAUGCAAACAAUGGUUGCUCCCACGAAGCAGUCCAGCUGUUUACUCGGUUGGAAAAGACCGAAGGCAAUACCAAGCUUGAUCACUUGACUUUCACAGCUGUUCUCACAGCUUGUAGUCAUGCUGGAAUGGUCGAGCUGGGACAAAGUUUGUUCCUUUUGAUGCAACAGAAGUACAACAUUGGAUCAAGAUUGGAGCAUUAUGCAUGUAUGGUGGAUCUUCUUGGGACAGCUGGGAAACUUGAGGAGGCCUAUCGUCUGAUUGAAACGAUGCCUAUGAAGCCUGAUCUUUUCGUGUGGGGAGCACUGUUGGGGGCGUGUAGAAAACAUGGCAAUGUGCAGCUCGCUGACGUCGCAGCUAAGCAGUUAGUGGAGCUUGAGCCCAGAAACCCUGGUAACGAAAUUCUCAUGUCGAGUCUACAUGCUGAAGCAGGCAGUUGGGGAGCUGUUGCAAGGUUUAAGAAGCGGUUGAACAGUAAAACUAGGCGGUUCUCUGGGUGCAGCUGGAUAGAAACAUGUGGGGUAAGGAAGUAGACAUCAUAGUUGGAGUAGGGGGCAGGCUGCCAACUUCACUGCUUAAGGUUGGAUAGAGACGGACUUAUUGGAUAGCGCAGUUGGACAAGUUGCAAAGCUGAUUUUGUUUCAGUUACCUCGAGGCAAAUCAAGGGUUAAAAUCAUAAUCCAGAGAACUUAUGAAGGUCUAAGAGUCAUGUGCCAUAUUCGGAUGUUCAAUACAAACACACUGUAUCUCUCUGCUCUCAGUUAAGAUUAUGCAGCUGUGCAAGAAUUUGCAACCAAAACAGCCGCAGAAAAGUAGUUCGUGAUCGAUCAGGUGCAAUAUGUAGUGUCGUUUCGGCAACUUAUACCGUGGUGGAUGAACACUUUUGAGGCCAACAGCAAAUAGAGCAACAUUUCGUGUUUCCCUUUACGGAAAAUAAUUGCCAAAAGGCUAACUUUAUCACGUGUAAGUGAGAACUACUUGCACCAACCCACUUGCCGCUCAACUAAACAAAAUACACUCAGAUUACCACAAAGGUUCUGCAUAUCUUAUGCUAUAACUUAGAGCUGAGCUUCUAGUUUUGAGAUCGAGCAUUCGAGCCAUUGUUAAAAUGAAACGAGACGACGAUAUGUAGACACAAGAGCCCCAGGCAGUUCAUCAACCUUCAAUGGCAAAUGCCGUAGUGCUUUACACAGCAAAGGAGCUGAUGGGAGGAGAUAUACCAUAUUACCAUUGCAGAAGCGUGAACAGUCUGAAUGACUAAAAUAGGGCUCAAAGAACAAGACCACCUGAAUCUAAACAUGUAUACUAACAAAACGAGUUAUCACAGAACAUCAAGAAAGGGGAAGCAGAAAGGCAUGGUUGUAGGUCCCCCGCUCAGAAUAAACUGCUAGACAAAGAAGCUAGAAAAGUUGUGCAGGAGGCUGAGGAAAAUAAGAUUAUAAAUUGUGUAAAACCUG